UUUUUUUUGUAAGCAUGACAAUUAUCAAUUAUUCAUCUUACCAUCAUAAGUAAUAACUUGACUUUUUUCUUUUAUCAUUCAUGUUUAGAUUAUAUAACGUACGAUGCCUGUUAAAACCUUCAACAACGAAUAUCCAGUGAUUGAUACCGAUCCUCACUUUUCUCGUGUGGUUCGUUACUUCAGAACUUCAGACUAUGCUGCUUGGGCUGCUGGUACUGCUGCUGCUCCUGGUCUUUUACUUGCCAUGGAAAAAGUCAAUCCUGCUGGACCUGCUCGUAACCUUCGUUUACCUCUUCGUUUGGCUACUAUUGUAGGUGCAUUCGGUGGUUUCUUAUAUGCAUAUCAAAAUAGUAGUUUGCGUUUCUGGGGUUGGACUGAAAAUGCUCGAGAAGUAGCUAAGGAUCAAGAAGAAAUGCAACAACGUUUGAAGGAAGGCAAGUCUCUAUAUGGUGAUAGUUUUAUGCCUGAACAUGUCCAAAAUGAAUCAUCUCGUAAUUCUCGAUUUGCUCAAUUAAAAUUCAGUGCCUAUCCUUGGUUCAACUUUGCCAAUCAUAACAACCAUGGUGUUGAUACCUCCAAGUACGAAUCUUCUUAGAUUAUUUAGAUCAUUUUCACCUCCUUUUCUACCAUCUCCUAUUAUUUUUAUUUUAUUUUAAAACAAUCAUACACAUUUCCUUUUUUUUUUAUAGUCUUUUAUAGUUUUUACUUUAUUCUUUUGUGUAUAAAACUGAAAUAAAGCCAAAACCUAGGUUUCCCUUUUUUGUUCA